AUGAUUGGAGGAUUGUUUAUCUACAAUCAUAAAGGAGAGGUGCUUAUCUCCAGGGUCUUUCGGGAUGAUAUUGGGCGCAAUGCUGUGGAUGCCUUCCGCGUGAAUGUGAUCCACGCCCGGCAGCAAGUGCGUUCUCCUGUGACCAACAUUGCCCGCACCAGCUUCUUCCACAUCAAACGCUCUAACAUCUGGGUGGCUGCCGUCACCAGGCAGAAUGUCAACGCAGCCAUGGUGUUUGAGUUCCUCCAUAAAAUGUGUGAGGUGAUGGCCGCCUACUUCGGCAAGAUCUCUGAAGAGAACAUUAAAAAUAACUUUGUACUGAUCUAUGAGAUUUUGGAUGAGAUCCUGGACUUUGGCUACCCACAGAAUACUGACACUGGGAUACUCAAGACAUUCAUUACACAGCAGGGAGUCAAGUCUCAGACGAAGGAGGAAACAGCCCAGAUCACCUCCCAGGUGACAGGACAGAUUGGCUGGAGGCGGGAGGGCAUCAAGUACAGGAGGAAUGAGCUCUUUCUGGAUGUCCUUGAGUCUGUGAACUUGCUGAUGUCACCUCAAGGUCAGGUACUGAGUGCUCACGUGGCCGGACGUAUCGUGAUGAAGAGCUACCUUAGCGGGAUGCCGGAGUGCAAGUUUGGAAUCAACGAUAAAGUCCUCAUGGAGAGCAAAGGAAAGAGCAGCCUCGAUGACAGUUCUCGUGCUGGAGUAACUGCAGGAAAGACAUCAAUUGCCAUUGACGACUGCCAAUUCCACCAGUGUGUCAAACUGAGCAAGUUUGAAACGGAGCACAGCAUCAGCUUCAUUCCACCGGACGGAGAAUUUGAGCUCAUGAGAUACCGCACCACCAAAGACAUUAGCCUUCCAUUCCGGGUGAUCCCUCUAGUGCGGGAAGUUGGUCGUCAGAAGAUGGAGGUGAAAGUUGUAGUCAAGUCAAACUUCAAACCCUCACUUCUUGCUCAGAAAGUUGAGGUUCGCAUUCCAACACCUCUCAACACUAGCGGUGUCCAGGUGAUCUGUAUGAAAGGGAAAGCCAAAUACAAGGCCAGUGAGAACGCUAUUGUGUGGAAGAUCAAACGGAUGGGUGGCAUGAAGGAAUGCCAGCUGAGUGCAGAAAUAGAACUUCUCAACACCAGCGACAAGGGCAAGAAAUGGACUCGUCCACCCAUUUCCAUGAACUUUGAGGUGCCAUUUGCUCCAUCUGGAUUCAAGGUCCGCUACCUGAAAGUGUUUGAGUCUAAGAUUAACUACAGCGACCACGAUGUCAUUAAAUGGGUUCGCUACAUCGGCCGAAGUGGACUUUAUGAGACUCGAUGCUAG